AUGGCGCUGCGGCAUCCAUAUCCAAACGUUUAUAAGUUCUUCAACCAAUUCGCAGCUCCAGACCAGGCUUCGCCAGAACAGUCGUCCAGAAGUCAAGGGCUCCGGAAGAGUGGGCCUCGGUCCAAAACCGGUUGCUCGACAUGCAAACAACGGCGUGUUAAGUGCGACGAAACAAAACCGGGGUGUGUAAGAUGUCAAAAUCUCGGUCGGGAAUGCGGAGGGUACGCUCCUGAAGCGCUGGACGAUUCAUCGAAGAAUGUCGCCCCAGUGCCUAUCCAUCCUCGGCCGAUGUCUGUCAUGUCAUAUGCUCCCUCUGUCGCUAUUCCAGGCACUCAAGAUGAACGUCGCUAUUUCCAGCUCUUUUGUGACAAGACUGCAGCGGAGAUCUGCGGGUCAUUUGACCCCUCCUUUUGGACCGAGAAGGUCCUCCAACUAUGCCAUUCGGAUGCCCCGAUCAGACAUGCUACGAUAGCAUUAGGAGCUCUCUCAAAAUCACUCGAUGUCACCUCCUUUCCGACCCGAUUGUCCCUCUCCGGAUUCCCGCAGAUUGACCUCUCUCAUUUAGACGAACACCACAGAUAUGCUUUACGGCAGUACAGUAGAGCCAUCGCUGAACUAAGACGGAUUCUUUCCGACGGACGGCGACAUCUGAGGACCUCGCUCACGUCGUGUGUAUUGUUCAUGACCUUUGAAGCCCUUCAAGGAUGUUACGAUGGUGCAUUGACUCAUCUUCGUGGUGGAUCGAGACUGCUGGCCGACUGGAGAACGGCGCGGCGAGGGCAAAGCUCGCGACUUUCACAGGAUUCAUUAUCAGAAAUCCAGGAUGGAUUGAUCGAUGAUCUCGGAAGGAUGUUUGCCCGGCUUGACGUUCAGGGUCUUUUCGUUCCGCCACCAUUCCCGAUGCCGGAAUCUGACUGGGAGGAUGUCGUUGUUCCCGAAUCAUUCGACAGCCUCCAAGAAGCGAGAGAAUCGUGGGAUUUCUUGAUGCAAGGGAUCGGGCAAUUCUAUCGAAAAUCAGUCGCUCAUUCGAUACAACAUCCGGAAAGGCUCACCAUGCCAUUUUGGUUACACCAGCACAAGCAUUACUCCACGCAACUAGACAACUGGCGUUCAGCGUUCCAGGGAAUAUUCGCACAAGAAUUACGCUCCGGCGCAGUCAUGGCAGAUUCGUCGGACAUGCUCAGCAUAUAUUUCAAUGUUGCCACCGUUCUCCUCGCCUCCAGUCUCGAGCAUACAGAAAUGCUCUAUGACGAGUACACGGCACUGUUUUCUGAAAUUGUUACAAAAGCGCAUCAACUCAUUCAAAGCUCCGAAGACCCAAGCAAUUCCUCACGCUUUACUCUGGACAUGGGAACCAUUCUCCCAUUGAUGGUCACGGCAACAAAAUGCCGAGACAGACGGAUACGAAGGCAGGCAAUUGCACUUCUAUGGUCCAAGGCACGCCGAGAAGGGCUCUGCUACGACACCAUUACCGUUGCACGUCUCUGCGCUUGGCUAUCAAGUAUCGAAGGAGACGGCGUACAGGAAGACUCGGAACCAAUACCAGAAGCAAAGCGGUACUGGAUCAGCUACAUGCAUCUCAGCUCGGAAGAACACUGGCUGGCGGUGCAGUUGACAUCAGCCACGACGAACGACAACGGAGAGCACACAUUUAGGGAAACGACAUUUUCUUGGUAA